CAACGCUUUCUCUGGACGGGUCCACCGCAGUCACCACAACCACCCCCACCAUCACACUAGGAAUCACCACAACAACACUGGAACAACUCCUCUUCACCCUCGUAGGUGUGACUGCUGUGAUAUCCUCAAACAAACCACAUGAUCAAAGAACACACCAGAGGAUAUUUAUGGUUUGCUGGAGUGCAAAGUUAGUUAUCCUUUCAGUACUGGACUCCAAGCUAGAUGAUGAGGUCUUUAACAAACCAAAUAUACUCCUCAGAUCACUCAGGAUAAGUUCCUCCAGUGCGCAAACAAUUUACAUUGGUUUCAAAACUCGGAUAGAUUAUAUUACAGUACUGUGACUUACAAGAAACAAUUCAGUACAGUCGUUUAUCAAUUAUGUUGAAUGGUGUUGUGAUCAGAGUGAACACGGAAAUUUCAUAACAUAUUGAAGAACUCCGCGUAAGUUCAUUGACCUUGGAGUAGAUCCUUAAAACGUGAGACCGCGAUGGUCUUAAAGCUAAAGUGUUUUCAAGUGUUGAAAAAUACUGAGUACCUGUGAGCACGUGGAAGCUGUCUUCGUUAACCCCGUGACAGAGGGUGAGCGGUGUGUUGCAGAGAGCAGUGACAGGUGUACAGCUUGCUACUAAUACCACAGCUGCAGCAUCUGUUGGUUUCCGAAACUUGUAGUUCCAUCGUCUCUACAUGUCCUACUGCUGAUGACCUGAACACCUGUAGCCCACCACCACACGGAUUAUGAAGUCACUGACCCACCUCAUGUGUAGUACAUUGUUGGCUCUCAUCACUUGUAGUGCCAGUGUCUGUCCAGCUGGUGUCUCCACCACUGACCUUACAUACCUGCCGUGCCAUUGUUCCUCUAGCUGGUGUCUCCACUGACCCUCCACACCUGCCGUGCCAUUGUCUUCCCAGCUGGUGUCUCCACUGACCUUACACACCUGUUGUGUCAUUGUCUCUCCAUCUGGUGUCACCACUGACCUUCCAGACCUGCCGUGCCAUUGUCUUCUCAGCUGGUGUCUCCACUGACCCUCCACACCUGCCGUGCCAUUGUCUUCCCAGCUGGUGUCUCCACUGACCUUGCACACCUGCCGUGUCACUGUCUCUCCAUAUGGUGUCACCACUGACCUUGCACACCUGUCGUUUUAUUGCAUCCCCAAGAUGAUGUUAUUGUUGAUCUUCCUCUCUUCUGAGUGCCGACCCUUGGUAAUAUGAUAAUCUCGUUCCCUUCCAACUUUUAUUUAAUUAAGUACGAGGUCGAAGUGGUUCGCCAGUAUGGUCUCGGCCCGGGUCUUUUCCGUAAGGUAUUUAAUUAAAUACAGAUAGAAAAAAAAGUCAUACUAGGACCAGAGGCAGACUCUGGAAGAUGAAACAGCUGACUAGGAAGAGUUGCUAAUGUAAACAUCGAGCACUUUCCCGUGACUUUAGCGAACAUCGAGCACUUUCCCGUGACUUUAGCGAACAUCGAGCACUUUCCCGUGACUUUAGCGAACAUCGAGCACUUUCCCGUGACUUUAGUGAACAUCGAGCACUUUCCCGUGACUUUAGCGAACAUCGAGCACUUUCCCGUGACUUUAGUGAACAUCGAGCACUUUCCCGUGACUUUAGCGAACAUCGAGCACUUUCCCGUGACUUUAGCGAAACAUCGAGCACUUUCCCGUGACUUUAGCGAACAUCGAGCACUUUCCCGUGACUUUAGCGAACAUCGAGCACUUUCCCGUGACUUUAGCGAACAUCGAGCACUUUCUCGUAAUUUUAUCUUUGAGAAAAAUACGGAGUAUUCUAUUUACGUACAUAUCCGAAGCUUUAACAUGACACAUACAGUUUUCAGAAGCGGACAUAAAUGACGCAUGACCCACAUGGGUUUAGCCCCUUUGUUAUGAAAAUGUAGCAACAGUAAAUUUGCAGUAGCUAAUACAAGGCUCUGAACGGUGUUGGUGUGGGUCCCUGGUACUAGUGUGGGUCCCUGGUACUAGUGUGGAUCCCUGGUACUUGUGUGGGUCCCUGGUACUAGUGUGGAUCCCUGGUGCUAGUGUGGGUCCCUGGUACUAGUCUGGGUCCCAGGUACUAGUGUGUGUCCCUGGUACUAGUCUGGGUUCUUGGUACUAGUGUGGGUCCCUGGUACUAGUGUGGGUCCCUGGUACUAGUGUGGGUACCUGGUACUAGUGUGGGUACCUGGUACUAGUGUGGGUCCCUGGUACUAGUGUGUAUCCCUGGUACUAGUGUGUAUCCCUGGUACUAGUGUGGGUCCCUGGUACUAGUGUGGGUCCCUGGUACUAGUAUGGGUCCCUGGUAGUAGUGUGGGCCCCUGGUACUAGUGUGGGUCCCUGGUACUAGUGUGGGUCACUGGUACUAGUGUGGGUCCCUGGUACUAGUGUAGGUCCCUGGUACUAGUGUGGGUCCCUGGUACUAGUGUGAGUCCCUGGUACUAGUGUGGGUCCCUGAUAAUAGUGUGGGUCCCUGGGACUAGUGUGGGUCCCUGGUACUAGUGUGGGUCCCUAGUGCUGAUGUGGAUCCCUGGUACUAGUGUGGGUUCCUGGUACUAGUGUGUGCCCCUGGUACUAGUGUGGGGUCCCUGGUACCAGUGUGGGUCCCUGGUACUAGUGUGGGUCCCUGGUGCUAGUAUGGGUCCCUGGUACUAGAAUAUGUGUCCCAAGUACUAGAGUAUAGAUUGUGAUACGAGUGUGUGGGUCCCUGGUACUAGCCUGUGCAUCACUACUACUAGUGUGGGUCCCUGGUACUAACGUGUGCAUCACUACUACUAGUGUGGGUCCCUGGUACUAGCGUGUACAUCACUAUUGCUAGUGUGGAUCCCUGGUACUAGCGUGUGCAUCACUACUACUAGUGUGGGUCCCUGGUACUAGCGUGUACAUCACUACUACUAGUGUGGGUACCUGGUACUAGCGUGUGCAUCACUACUACUAGUGUGGGUCCCUGGUACUAGUGUGUGCAUCGCUACUACUAGUGUGGGUCCCUGGUACUAGCGUGUGCUUUACUACUAAUAGUGUGGGUCCCUGCUACUAGCGUGUGCUUCACUAGUACUAGUGUGGGUCCCUGGUACUAGUGUGGGUCCCUGGUACUAGUGUGGGUCCCUGGUACUAGUGUGGGUCCCUGGUACUAGUGUGGGUCCCUGGUACUAGUGUGGGUCCCUGGUACUAGUGUGGGUCCCUGGUACUAGUGUGGGUCCCUGGUACUAGUGUGGGUCCCUGGUACUAGUGUGGAUACCUUGUAGGUUUAUUGCUGUUUGGGUCAGUCAUGCGACAAACCUGUCUCCUAACUGUCGAAGCUCUUCUAAUAUUUUAGUCGCAAGUGUGUGACGUACAGUGACGGUACAGCCAGGUGUGUGACCUACAGUGACGGUACAGCCAGGUAUGGGACGUAAGUGGCGGUACAGUCAGGUGUGUGACGUACAGUGACGGUACAGCCAGGUGUGUGACGAAGUGACGGUACAGCCAGGUGUGUGACGAACAGUGACGGUACACCCAGGUGUGUGACGAAGUGACGGUACAGCCAGGUGCGUGACAUAUGGUGAGGGCACAGCCAGGUGUGUGAUAUAGUGACUAUACAACCAGGUGUGUGACUGUACAGAACGGCCUUUCUUCACUUGUCUUAGUAGUACAGUAGUACUCAGACCUGAUCCUCACCAGAAGCCAGUGGUCGCUCUGCUGUGACCCACCACAACACCACCUGCUACAAGCAUUCGCCUCUACCUCAACAGAUACCAUUGUGUACACCAUUAGAAGCUAACGACUCAGGUGAUCUCGCCUGAGGCGCUCCCAUUUGAGCAACAUCUUGGCUCCAGCCACCAUGACCAGUACCUGCUGUCGCUGCCUCUGCUGCCGGGAAGAAAGCUCAGAGGACUCGGAUCUGGAGGAGGAGGUGCCGCUGCCUCCUGGCCUCCUGCCGGUGCAGAAUGAGUCCAAGGCUCAGGAGACUGUCCCCAUACACACCCCUUCAGCCAGCAGGGAGUGCCUGCUUGACCCUCCUCUCAGAGAGCGAUUGCGGAGACAGCCUCAACUCACCGUCAGGAAACAAUUAUUCUCCAUGACUGGCUGGAACUUGGCCAUCUACCCCGACAUGACCAUCAAGGGCACCAGAGAGUUCUACAACAUCUACGCCAUCUUAGAGGUGCGAGCAGUUGGCAAAGGCGAGGUGCAGGUCAGAGGAGUUGAUGCGGGACUCUUCCUAGCCAUGAACCACAAGGGCAAGAUAUAUGGAGAGCCUAAUGAGCUGAAGGAGAAUACAGUAUGGGUGGAGACUUUAUCUGGAGCCUUCUUCAACUACUUAAACAAGAAGCACGCUCACCUGGGCUGGUAUCUGGGCAUCAAGAAGAGUGGUAAGGGCAAGCAAGGCCACAAGACGGAGUACGGACAGAGGGCGGUGCAGUUCCUUCCAAGACAUCCAUAUCCAAUAGGCUAGAAGGAACAGUUCCGUAGUCAAUUAUGUACAUAAUGCCUCUUUACCUCUACGUGGUAAGACUGAAUGGCAAAAUAUACAGCACUGUACAGACAUCUUCAUAUUCUCUUAUGGGGAUUUUUCUUCAAGUAAAAAUUAAAAGAAAUGCCUAGUUUAUGGCUCGGUUACAUAACCGAAGAACUCUAAUUUCGAACAUGUCGACCAGUAGGAUUAUGAAAAAAAAUAAAUGAAAACAAGCCUUUAUUAUGCAAUGUUUCGCUCAAAUAUGAUUUAUUUUAUGUCCUACAGAGGGUCUAUAAGUAUCUUUAUUGCCUCAGGUGUCGCUGUUUAGUCUGAUUUGUGUUCAUAGGAGAUGUGUAUCUAAAUGCCCUCAUAAGUCUAUCCACAAGACGCUGCCACUUUUUUCAGUGCACGGAAUUUCAUGGAACAGGUGUUGGGGUCAGAGUUGUGAUAUGUGUAUGUCCUGCAUCGCAUUACUAUCACCGUAUUCAUGGGAAAGCACUGAACGUGUAGAACCUAAAGAAUACAAGUUAAUCCGGUGUGAUUCAAGCAAGGCUAACUAAUUCCUAGGAUUAAGUGCCAUUCACAAGCAUCAAGGUACCCCUUUCCCCCAUCCCUUUGACAGGCAGUGCGAGUAGUAAUGCAGCGAAGGCACUGGCCCCGUAGACCCUUGCUGGAGCUUCAAAAGGUGAGAAAUCUACAGGAGUAUAGCGUUCAUACGCAGCUAUCAUGACAUAUAAAUAUCGAAGAGGUAGAAUUUGGCACUGGCAUAGAAUGGAUAUUUUUGUUAUUUUAAUGUUUUGAACGCUGUGUUUUAUCGAGUCAGUGACUUUAUAACGGUCACUGUGUGGGCUAGAAGUUGUUGCAAAUAAAUCAGGGCACGGGUGGGGCUUGAACCCAUGUACGUGAAUCAUAAAACUCACAGACCAAUGCGUUAACCAUUCAGCCAACGGCAGUCAUGUUUUUACGACUUCUUGAAUCAGUUGUCUCUAAUUUAAGUAUCCAAAACAUCUAGGUGCCCUUUACACGACAGUUUUUACCCAAAUACCUCCUCUACAUGUGUAAAAAAUAUAUUUAACCAGAGAGACUUAAGAAAGUAAGAAGAAGGAUUAAAGUUUCUUGAUCACAUGUAAAUUAGAUUGACUUUAAUGAUUUUGUUGUAGAAUGGAUGAAGAUGUGAGUGUAGCCAGGGGGGGGAGGGGAAGGUGUGUGAACAAUAUUACCACCUAUGAACACACGAGACAUUAUAUUCACUGGGAAGUUCUAAACCCGUAAGGGUCAUACAACGCCUCGGAGUUUGUCUCUUGUUAACCAUAUUAAAAGUGGGUGUCAAUGUCUUAUUUUUUUCAGUACUUCAUAAGUUAAACGUGUCUCUGGUAUUCAUUUGAUAUAUUUAUAGUUUCUGUACUGCUACUAAUAAUGAGGAAGCACUAAACCCAUAACGUGAAUGCCAGGUAAGCAGGUUUGAUCCAAGGAAUGGUUGGGUAACUUCAAUUCUUUAGAUCAAGAGCCCUUCAUCAGAAUGAAGACACUCUCAACCUUGAGGAGUCUAGCUUCCAUUAAUAUUUUACUGCUGUAUUCAGUACUUAUGUCUGAGAGCAAGUCAUAAGACAAAAUGUAUAUAUUUGUGUAAGUUAAUUAGUGCUCCAACCACAGAUAUGCCAACAUUUUCAUAUAUGCCUGAAUUGCAUAUCAAAGCAUCAUCCAGAAAUGCUGGGGAUUCAUCAUCAGUACACUUGGUACCUGGAGUUUCCAGGUGAUAGGUGAUGAAUUAAAAAUUGCAUGGAAAUUCCAAGAUGUAAAAUUAAAUUAAUUGAUCUUAGGUACUCAAUAACCACUUAGAUUCGUUGAUGUACGGCAUGUAAUCAAUAGUGCGGUUUUUAGUCAUUCUUCCAAGACUUUUGUGAUAUUUCACAAAGAGUAUGGAAAUUCUCUAGACACUACGGUAUUCUUUGAAAGUUGUCAGACGUACGAUUUUGAUGAUUACUAAGUCUUUUGUCUAACUAAAACAUAAACGGUGGACAUUUAAUGAUUACUGUCUUGUAAUGUGUGUUGCAAAGGCUCGUUAGAAUAGUUUUUGGGAGCCUUGCGGGCCUUACUGUCAUGUCCAUUACUUUCCAUACAUUGCUCCUGAAGAAGCGUGUCAAACGCGAAAAGCUUCGAUCAGUUUCAUUCUCCACUUCAUGGUGUAUAUACACUGAGAGAUGUAAGCUCUCGUUGAAUAUACACCGAAAUAUAAAAACGCUGUAAUAAACAUCUAUUGGUGUAUAUAUAUAUACUGAUAGAUAGCUCUCGGUGUAUAUACCCUGAUUCUUACCCUGCUAGUCAUUAUAGUUACACUGCCUUUACAGUUUACGUAUUCCUCUGCAUUAAUAUUAUCAUAGCACAUUAAACAAAUACUUUAACGUGAGUGUAGAUUUUUUUCAGUGGUCGCUAAAUUUGCUUUUCGAUCAUUUAUUCUUAAUAUAUUUUGUUUAGGUUAGCAAAUUUUAAAUGGCAAAAGCUGUCAAACACUAUACUACAUUACGAACUUUUUAUAUGUUUAUAUAGUUAGUGGCGGCUGGAUGAAUAUAUGAAUACACUAAGUGACGGCUUGGUUAAUAUAAAUUGUACCUAGUGAUGGCUUGGUGAAUAUAUAUAUACAGUGACUACUGGUUGAAUAUAUAUACCUAAUAACUACAGGGUUAAUAUAUACCUACUGAUGGCUGGGUAAAUAUACACAGAGACAGCUGGGAGAAUAUAUAUUUUAUAGUGACGGCUGCUGGAAUAUGUACCCAGUAACUGCAUGGUUAAUGUAAAAGAUAGCUAAAUUUUAAUGGAAAUUUAACGAAAACGGGACAACGGAGGCAAUGGUUUUCAAUUAAAUGCGAAGAAAGGUCAAAAGUAUUUUGAUUUUGCAUAGUAAUGAAUCUUAGCCAGGUUGCAUUAUUCAAAGUGGAAUACAAUAGCAUAAUUAUAUUAAAAAUUUAGUUACAAAAAAAAGAUAUGCUAAAUAUUCUCUUAGUACGUGUUAUCACCAAAAUAACAAUACUGAAAUUUUAAUUCACUUGUAAAUUAUUAUUAUUAUAAUUAUUAUUAUUAUUUCAUGAGGAAGCCCUAAACCUGUUGGGGUUAUAUUAUGUCUGAGGAAUGAGAGGUAAUCGGGUUCGAUACAAGGAAGGGAAGACCACUGCAGUUUCUCGCUAUCAUUAAGGUACGCCCCUUGAAAGGGAUGUCUAUUGUAAAUCCUGUAUUCUCCUGUCAUUAUUUCCAUGUGGGUUUCCUCCAAACACUGACAGGUGUUCACGACACUGAUGCUCCAUUAUUCGUAUGAAAAACUUUCAAGUUUUUCCACAAGGUCUCAGAGAGUGUCACUAGUUCUCGAUGUCAUCAGGAACCCAGUGACUUAACCUCGACGUCAUCAGGAACACAGUGACUUAACCUCGACGUCAUCAGGAACACAGUGACUUAACCUCGACGUCAUCAGGAACACAGUGACUUAACCUCGACGUCAUCAGGAACACAGUGACUUAACCUCGACGUCAUCAGGAACACAGUGACUUAACCUCGAGGUCAUCAGGAACACAGUGACUUAACCUCGAUGUCAUCAGGAACACAGUGACUUAACCUCGAGGUUAUCAGAAACCCAGUGACUUAACCUCGAGGUCAUCAGGAACACAGUGACUUAACCUCGAGGUCAUCAGGAACACGUAGGGGAUCAGUAACUAUGCUGACAAGUGACUUAACCUCGAGGUCAUCAGGAACCCAGUGACUUAACCUCGAGGUCAUCAGGAACACAGUGACUUAACCUCAAGGUCAUCAGGAACACAGUGACUUAACCUCGAGGUCAUCAGGAACACAGUGACUUAACCUCGAGGUCAUCAGGAACCCAGUAACUUAACCUCGAUGUCAUCAGGAACCCAGUGACUUAACCUCGAGGUCAUCAAGAACACAGUGACUUAGCCUCGAGGUCAUCAGGAACACAGUGCCUUAACCUCGAGGUCAUCAGGAACACAGUGACUUAGCCUCGAGGUCAUCAGGAACACAGUGACUUAGCCUCGAGGUCAUCAGGAACACAGUGACUUAACCUCGAGGUCAUCAGGAACACAGUGACUUAACCUCGAGGUCAUCAGGAACGCAGUGACUUAGCCUCGAGGUCAUCAGGAACACAGUGACUUAGCCUCGAGGUCAUCAGGAACACAGUGACUUAACCUCGAGGUCAUCAGGAACACAGUGACUUAACCUCGAGGUCAUCAGGAACACAGUGACUUAACCUCGAGGUCAUCAGGAACACAGUGACUUAGCCUCGAGGUCAUCAGGAACACAGUGACUUAACCUCGAGGUCAUCAGGAACACAGUGACUUAACCUCGAGGUCAUCAGGAACACAGUGACUUAACCUCGAGGUCAUCAGGAACACAGUGACUUAACCUCGAGGUCAUCAGGAACACAGUGACUUAGCCUCGAGGUCAUCAGGAACACAGUGACUUAACCUCGAGGUCAUCAGGAACACAGUGACUUAACCUCGAGGUCAUCAGGAACACAGUGACUUAACCUCGAGGUCAUCAGGAACACAGUGACUUAGCCUCGAGGUCAUCAGGAACACAGUGACUUAACCUCGAGGUCAUCAGGAACACAGUGACUUAACCUCGAGGUCAUCAGGAACACAGUGACUUAACCUCGAGGUCAUCAGGAACACAGUGACUUAACCUCGAGGUCAUCAGGAACACAGUGACUUAACCUCGAGGUCAUCAGGAACACAGUGACUUAGCCUCGAGGUCA